CACUAGGCGCAUGCGCUGCUCAGGGCCGGCCUCAUCCAAGGCCAUGGCGUGGGUACCAUCGGAGUCUGCAGUGGAAGAGUUGAUGCCCCGGCUAUUGCCGGUGGAGCCCUGCGACUUGGCGGAAGGUUUCGACCCCUCGGUACCUCCGAGGACGCCUCAGGAAUACCUGAGGCGUGUUCAGAUCGAAGCUGCUCAGUGUCCAGAUGUUGUGGUAGCUCAAAUUGACCCAAAGAAGUUGAAAAGAAAGCAAAGUGUGAAUGUUUCUCUUUCAGGAUGCCAACCUGCCCCUGAAGGUUAUUCCCCAACACUUAUGUGGCAACAGCAACAAGUAGCACAGUUUUCAACUGUUCGACAGAGUGUGAACAAACAUAGAAGUCACUGGAAAUCACAACAGUUAGACAGUAAUGUGACUAUGCCAAAAUCUGAAGAUGAAGAAGGCUGGAAAAAAUUUUGUCUGGGUGAAAGGUUAUGUGCUGAAGGGGCUAUUGGACCAGCUACAAAUGAAAGUCCUGGAAUUGAUUAUGUACAAAUUGGUUUUCCUCCAUUGCUUAGUAUUGUUAGCAGAAUGAAUCAGGCAACAGUAACUAGUGUCUUGGAAUAUCUGAGUAACUGGUUUGGAGAAAGAGACUUUACUCCAGAAUUGGGAAGAUGGCUUUAUGCCUUGUUGGCUUGCCUUGAAAAACCUUUAUUACCUGAGGCUCAUUCACUGAUUCGGCAGCUUGCAAGAAGGUGCUCUGAAGUGAGACUCUUAGUGGACAGUAAAGAUGACGAAAGAGUUCCUGCCUUGAAUUUAUUAAUCUGCUUGGUUAGCAGUUUUUGGCGGACACAACAUCUUUGUUUGUAUGUGGUGCUGAGGACCGAACCCGGGCCGCACGCAUGCCAGGCGAGCGCGCUACUGCUUGAGCCACAUCCCCAGCCCUAUGAUUUCUAAUAACAACAACAACAAAAAGAAAUAAAGAGAGGUAACCUAGCAAUUUCCACCAAAAAGGUUGUUUUUGAAUUUAGGAACUUUACCAUAUGCUGUAUUUCAAUUCAUUGUAAUAAUUGUUUUUUAUGCUCAAACUGUUCCAUCUUUGACCAGUGGGAGCACUUGAAGUCAUAAAGUCAGUUCCUAUUUCCCACCCCCCAACAAACAAGUGCUAGGGAUUGAACCCAGGGCCUUGCUGUGCUAGGCCAGUGCUCUGCCACUGACCUAUAUCCCUAGCCCCUCAAUUCUGUUUUUUUUAUGUGUGUGUGUCGGGGAGAUGCCAAGGACUGAACCCAGAGGCACUUUACCACUGAGCUAUAUCCCCUUUUUAAGACAAAGGUCUCACCAAGUUGCUUGGGGCCUAAAUUGCUGAGGCUACCCUCAAACUUGUAAUCAUCCUGCUUCAGACUCCUGAGCUGCUGGAAUUAUAGUUGGGUAUCACUGCCCCAGCCCCCAAUUCCUUUUGACAUAGCCCUUCCUUUCUGGUAUGCCACGAUGAUUUGAAUAUCUUGAAUAUUUCUGGCUCCAGAACCAAAAUCAGUCUUUUUAUCUGGGGAGUGUUGGUUCCUUUAUCAAAAAAUAGGAAAUGGUAUUUAGAAACCACAAUUUGGAAGCUACAGACUGGUUAUUAAGUUGGUUAUUGUUUUUAGGCCUUUUCAGUCAACAGAGCUAGGAAAUAAUGCACUUUCUUAGAAAAAUAAAAUCAUGAGUUCAAAUUGAUAUUUCAGUCCUAAUUUAGGAGUUUUUGAUUUUUCCUUUAAUGUUAUUUAGUAGUCCAUCCAAUUCUAAGACCCACAGUGAAUUCCUAAAAUCAUACAUAGUACCAAACCCUGUGAUUUAAGACCUUUUCCAUCUUAACUAAACCCUUACUAUGUACUGUUGCUUUAACGUUUCCAGUUUGAGGUACCACACCAAAACUACCAUGAAUUUUCUUCUUCUUCACAAUUUCAGAUAAGAAGUCUCAUUCCCUUUUAUAACUUUGAGACAGGGUCUCACUAAGAUGCUGAUACUAAGUUGCAAUACUCCUGCUUCACUGAGUUGCUUAGUGCCCCACCAUCGCUAAGGUUAGCUUUGAAUUCCCAAUCCUCCUGUCUCAGCUUCGAGAGCCACUGGGAUUACAAGGAUGCACCACUGGCCCAGCUGCACCUGUUUUUAAUCACAUAAAAUAUUUACAACAUUCCAGAAUUCAAGAUACAUUUGGAGUACUUUAGCAUCUACUUUUAUCCUGGUUCUCCUUUCUCCUAUAAAUAAUAAUUUUAUUAACUUUUCGUUUAUCCUUUCAUUUUCUCUAAAAGUAUAAAUAAAUAUAAGUAAACUUAUGUGCCUACAAGACUAUAGUAUACUGAACAAUCUAUUCUGUACCAUGUUUUUUUCACUUAAUCCUAGAAAUCACUCUGUAGCAGUGUAGCUAUUUUUCUAGUUCCUUUUAUGCAGUUUUCAGUCAUGUAUAUGUACUGUAGUUUAUUAUUUCCCUUUAUCAAUUAACAUUUGGAUUGUUCAUGGUCUUUUGCUACUACAGGUAGUGCUAUAAUUAAUAUACUUGUGCAUACAUUACAUUAUUUUUCAGGUAUUUUGACCAACGUGAUUUAGCUGAUGAGCCAUCUUGAUGUAGCUGAUUUCUGAGGGAUAGAAGCUAUUUCUGCUGAAGGCAGCCUAAGUCUGAUGAAGUGCAAUGCCAAUUCAAGUACAGGCUGUUAUCACUUCUUCAAAACUGUGUGAAAGGUCUUCAUUUUAACCUGUGCAACUCAAAUUGAUAAACAGAAUAUAGACUGAAUUGAUUUUCUGAAAUAUCUUUGGAAAAUCCCAUUUGGUGUUUGAUGAACAAUUUGAAUAGUUUUCUGCAGUCACAUGAUUUAAAAUAAACUGAGUGCCAGUUAUUGGUGAAGAUGCCUGUAUAGAAACUGUGUGAUGAAAUUUUAUAAAGGUCCCCGGUGCUAUUUCAUUGUUACAUGUCUUCAUAUAAAUUUUGUUGAAAAUGUG